AAGUGCGAACAAUGCGGAAGUGUCUUUUUGUUGUUAUAAUGGGCAGAUCCCUGCACAGCUGAGGGAACAGCUUGAUAUUUUGAACAAACAAGCAGACACUUGUUUCAUGGGACUAAGAUGGAUAGUAAAUAGCAGCGGCUUUCUUAUAUCCACCGCACCCUGCUCAGGUUUGUGUAUUUGUUGUCUUGGGAGCGAGGACAUGCCCCAGCGUGUUAGUUUACAAUUGGCUACCUUUACCUUCUGUAUCAUCAUCUAAUAUUAACCACAUCUCUCAGGCCACUCUGUCGGUCUCCUCUGCUUGGAGGCAGCUGCUGUCUAUCAGCUCUACUGCUCAGAGUCUCUUGUUCAUUAUGUGUCAUCUACAGCUGAGGACAUUGAUUUUUGUAGCCUGGGUGGUGGGCUACAUCGCAUUUCUGCUGUCCGUCCGGAGGAUGUGGACGGGGAAGUACGUCCGCAGUCCGUUGGUCCGGUCUCUUUUUCUGAACAUGGUGACUGAGACCGAAGCAUCUGCAGCUGAGACACAAGAGUGGUACCGGUGCACCCCUGACCUGCUGGGAGACUCCCUGCGACCUCUGUUUGUCCAGAGCCAUCUGGACUCAAGCACCAAGACUUUUCUAAAGAGGAGCGCGGAGAAGUCCAGCUGGCUGUUCACUCAGCUCUAUCACUCUUUUGUAUCAACUGUUCUCAGCCCUGUGGUGUCACGUACCUCUAUCAACGGGUUUCUGGGUCGGGGAUCUAUGUUUGUGUUCUCUGCGGACCAGUUCCAACGACUGCUCCAGAUCAGCCCGGACUGGAAGGCUGAGAGACUCCUGGACCUCGGAGCUGGGGAUGGAGGUGUCACAGAGAUUAUGGGAGCACAUUUCAGGGAGAUCUAUGCAACUGAAGUCUCAUUGCCCAUGAGAUGGCAUCUACAGAGGAGGAAUUACAAAUUGCUUGGUAUAGAUGAGUGGCAGCAGACCGGUUUCCAGUAUGAUGUUAUCAGCUGUCUGAACCUGCUGGACCGCUGCAAUGAUCCUCUGCAUCUCCUGCGGGACAUCAGGCAGACGCUCGUUCCCAAGACAGGAAGACUCAUCCUGGCUGCUGUGCUCCCCUUCCAGCCAUAUGUGGAAGUUGGAGGGAGAUGGGAACGUCCCAAAGAACACCUAAAAAUUAAAGGAAAGACGUGGGAGGAGCAAGUAACCAACCUGUCCAAUGAGGUUUUCCGACGGGCAGGGUUUGAGGUGGAAGCUGUGACCCGCUUGCCAUAUCUCUGUGAAGGGGAUAUGUAUAGUGAUUACUAUGUUCUCGAUGAUGCAGUUUUUGUUCUUAAGGCCUUGGAUGAUACUGAAGAGUCAGCUCACUGAGUGCUAGAUGCAUUGGGGAAAUGUUGGAGAUCAUUAUGUUGCUAACUUUAUCUCUGUGAGGAGGAUUUUUGAGCAGUUUUCAUACACUUCAUUCAUAAAACACAGUAUUUGACUUGUUAGAAAUGGUGAGUCAGGUGUGAAGCUCAGGUACUGUAGUUCCCACGUUUACCAGCCAUCUUGUGUGACAGUGAUACCUCUAAUAAGCAAAAAAAAAAAAGACAGGCAGUUAGCCUAUAUGGAAAUGCCAAUGAAGAUCAAAUCUCACACGUAUCAUCAUGCUGUAGGUGUUUGUUCUGUGAAGUCUGUUAUCUGUGUUUACUGUUGGUAUUUCAUCAUUCUGUGAUUAUAAUGGUAAGAAUCUUGAUUGGAUCUUUGUUGAAUUUCUGCAGUAAUUUUUCAGGGUCUGAUGCAGAGGACCAGUAUGUACACACACUUGAUGGAACCAACUUGUACGGGGUACUUUAUUGAACACUGCUAACACUUUUGUCAUUAGUAAUGUGAGGCCAUCUUAAUGCGAGUUCACAUAGCUUAGUUUAAACGUAACUACUGUGACCACAAGUGGGUACUUCCAGAGUUUACACCCACAUUAAUUAGGUUUGGCCACUAGGGGACAGCACAAUACGCUAGAAAUAUGAUGCGUACUGUAUUGAAAAGCUUUGACAUUGCUGGGCUAAACUUACAGAAAACAUGUUGACUUUGUCCCUUUCCUGCUUCAGGUGAAAGCUGAUCACUGCUGCUGAAAUUUUUGCUUGUGAGAGUCAAAAUCAAAUAAGGAUCCAAAAUUGAUUUAAAAGUCACUGUUGAGCUUCCUUGUUGGUUCAUCAUUUAGAGUAACCAAUUCCAAAUUACAUGCAGUUAUUUGAACUGUUGUUGAUUUAAAAUGCUAAUUAGAACAACAUUAAUGCUUACAAAUAAGUCUAUGCGUAGCACGAAUAGAAAACCCAGCCUUGAAGUCAUCACACUGACUUUUGGCAAUCCCACGGCAAUAUCUGAUUUGCCUUGUAUUGAACUAAAGAAAGGUGUGUUUUAUUGGUUUGAAUUCAACUCUUUAUUUGUAAGAGACAGAUGGAUUAUUUCUUUUAAAUGCUACAUGGCCUUUGAUCAGUGUCAUUCAUGUGCCACAAAUGAUGCAAUGUUUGUAAGAGUAUUAUAUGGGUUCUGGAAUAAAAAGUAUGCAUUUU